AGACUUUGUUCGCCAUGGACCCUGUCACAGUUCUUCUGUCCGUUGUGGUGAUUCUAUGUUUGGCCUAUUUUUAUAACAACCAGAAACAACACAAGUAUAAGAAUUUCCCUCCAGGACCAACGCCUUUGCCAAUCAUUGGGAAUAUACACAUCAUUAACAUGUCAAAGCCUCAGGAGACAUUUGCAGAGAUGGCUAAGACGUACGGCCCAGUAUUCAGCGUCCAGUUCGGGAUGACAAAGAUGGUCAUCAUAUGGGGUUAUGAUGCUAUUAAGGAUGCUCUAAUGAACCAUGCUGAGGAAUUAUCUGACAGACCGCACAUCCCCGCCAUUGCUACAUCAGUGAAAAAUAAUGGUAUUAUCUUUGCUAAUGGUGAGAGCUGGAAAGUGAUGAGACGAUUUGCGCUUUCAACAUUACGAGACUUCGGGAUGGGGAAGAAACACCUAGAAAACAAGAUUACUGAAGAGGCCGAAUGUUUAGCACAGACAUUUAAAUCCUAUGGAGGAAAACCCUUUAAUAAUUUGACCAUCAUUAACGCUGCUGUAGCCAAUAUAAUUGUGUCCAUACUACUCAGCCAUAGAUUUGAAUAUGAUGAUCCAACCAUUCUACAGCUCAUGAGUUUAGUUAAUGAAAAUGUCAGACUCCUGGGAAGUCCCAUGGUCCGGCUGUAUAACAGUUUUCCAGCUGUGAUGGACUGGCUGCCGGGAGGUCACAGAAUACUGUUUGAGAACACUAGAAAGAUUCGGAACUUUAUAAGAGCAAGAUUUACACAACAGAGAGAAGAACUGGAUGUGAAUGACCAGAGGAAUCUGAUUGAUGUGUUCCUGGCUAAGCAGCUGGAGGGGAAGCCAGAAUCCACUCUGUAUUACCACAACGACAACCUCACAGCAGUGGUCAGCAAUCUGUUUGCUGCUGGGAUGGAGACCACCACAACCACUCUGAGAUGGGGCCUCCUGCUGAUGAUGAAAUACCCAGAGAUCCAAAUAAAAGUGCAGAAUGAAAUAGAAAGAGUGAUCGGAUCAGCUCAGCCACAAGCAGAGCACAGGAAGCAAAUGCCGUACACAGACGCCGUCAUCCAUGAAAUUCAGCGGUUUGGAGACAUUGUACCCAAUAAUCUACCACAUGCAACUACCCAGGACAUCACAUUCAGAGGCUAUGUCAUUCCAAAGGGGACCGUUGUGAUGCCAAUACUGACUUCUGCACUGCAUGAUGUCGCCUACUUUGAGAAACCAGAAGAGUUUUACCCGGAACAUUUUCUCACCUCAGAAGGACAUUUCAAGAAGAAUGAAGCGUUCAUACCGUUCUCAAUAGGUAAAAGAAGCUGUGCUGGGGAAAAUCUGGCUAAAAUGGAGCUGUUCCUGUUCUUCACAUCGCUACUGCAGAACUUCACCUUCCAGGCUCCUCCCGGAGCAGAGCUGGACCUCACCCCUGCAAUGGGGUCUACUAAUGCCCCCAAACCUCAUGAGAUCUGUGCUAUACCUCGCUGCUAGAACAUGUUAUCGUAUAAACCAGUCUGAAUUUACUGUGCAGUAUGUCAUGUGUGUAAAGAAUUGUAGCAUCUACAGUUAUUUUUAAUAACUAUAUGACUUUCAUAGUUUAGGAGUUACAUUUUACAUAUGUAAUACACCAGGAAUGUUGCUGCUAGUAAUGAAUUUGGAAUGAGUGAUUUUGCCCCUGGUGUAUAAAUGUACAUUGUUGAGGGUAAUAAUGCUGCUACAGUAUGUAUGCUAUUCUUCUACAGUCAUUAUAUACAGGAAGAGAAUAUACUCGUAUACGAGAUAUAAAAUUAUUAAAUACAAUGGUGAGGUACUGACAUCUGGGGGAAGGGUUA